UAAGAGUAGUCGCUCAUCAAGCCGGCACGCAGAAUUGUUGUGAUUUGAUUUUUAAAAGGAGAGAGAAAAAGAGAAGAAAUCUCCAAAAAAAUGAAUGACAACGAAGCUAUGGAGCCGCAUACGGAAACACGUGAAGCGUCAGCAGCCCCAGAUCCUGAGUUGGAUGUAUGCAGCGAACACUUUAACCCACUGCGAGCGCUCUAUGAGCCAAAUUAUAAAAUAACAGAUGUACCUCCGAAAGUGCUGUAUCAAAACCUAGCCGCUUUCGAGAGUGCUCUUAAAAAGUUUGGAGUAUGGCAACUGAACAAGAGACAGAAAUCUGGAACGUCGGCGGGACCUGGCCAAGCAGACCAAAAGUCUUCUUUGCCUUGCACUUCCAAGACUGUGAUGGUGCUGGAAGAAGCGCCCCAGCGUCGUUUUGAGCCCCAUCAAAUGCCAAUGGUCAGCACUGUAAACAAGAAACAUCAGCGGAAUAUUUUUACAUACAUGGAGACGACGGUGGGCCCCCUGGAACUGUUGAAGAAAUGCAUAGUCUCACCAGCUCUAGAGAACAAUUCAAAGUUCCGCGUGCGGGUGGUAAUCCGCAAGGAGCGAGAGAUAGGUGGCAGGGUCGAAGGCGAAUUGGUGGCCUACGAUAAACAGUGGAAUCUCCUCUUGAGGAAUGCCACAGAGACAUGGAAGCGGCGAAAAUACAAUUUUGGAGAGCAGAAACUUUGUGGAGCGCCUGUUGAUUGCAGUGCUCGCCUUAGGGAUUUAGGAAUAGUUCUUCCCACAGUAGAGGUGAAGAGCUUGAAUCGAAAGAAUGUACAGGUAAAACGGGACCUGCCACAGGUUUUAAUACGAGGGGAAAAUGUGGUACUAAUAAGUUUAAUUGAUUAAGAUGAAGACAACUAGUAGAAAUUAUCAAUAGCUAUCUAUGUGUAUUUUUAUAUUAAGUGGUGUACUCCAUUGCAACGCACUCUUCAGCGGCUACCUCUUGUGAAUGUGAGUCGUCCUCCAUCAGAUGGUGCAAGCUUUCAUUGGGAUAGCUAGCAAAGGCAUACAAGUAAAAUAGUUCAUAGAAACAAAUUAAAUAUCGUUCAAGAUUUA